AUCCUUCCAUAUCUUUCAUGAGCCCGAAGGAUCUUCUGCGAUUUCUGUCCAAGCCAGCAAAGCCUCGAUAGCACGACUCCCGCAAGUCGUUUCCAUCUCCAACUUUUUCCCAUAUCCUUUUCAACAAGCAGAUACUCUCGUCUGCUAGACCCGAUACUUUGACCAGUAUCGGUAUCUUCCAGCACGAGGGUACCGGACUGAACGUCAACAUUCCUUGUCGCAGCUUUUUCCUCUCCUUCGCCUUCCUCCCUCCUUAGCAGCCCUUCGGUUGUUUGGGAUUUUACACCUGCCUGGUCUGUCCAGCUACACUUUGUCCUAAGGGCCUUCUCUUCUCAGACGGGCACUGCCCCCUUGUUCGUCUGGGUAAGUAGACAGUGCUUCUAAAGCCUUUUUGUCUUCAUCAAACGGUACCUAGGGCGGUCCGACCUCACACACAACUUUUCAACCCCGUUCAGCGCAAAGUCAUUAGCUUCGGCUGCUACAAUCUACGGAAAUGGUUCACGUCGGCAUUCCCAAGAACUACACCGCGUCCCCGUCGUCGUUCGGUGGUACGUCACUGACUAUCAACUACGAUGCUACUCAGGAUCUCGACUCCAGCAAUGCCUUUGAAGGCCCUGAGAAGCUGCUCGAGGUGUGGUUUGCGCCAUCUGCCACCGAGCUUGGCGCCGCAGGCCCGGAGGGUCUGAAGAAUGUGCCGAGUGAAAUCUGGAAGGAUAUGCUGGACCUCGUCAACUGCCAAGUGCUUUCGAUCGUCUCGUCUGAUGACGUAGACGCGUACCUGUUGUCCGAGUCCAGCAUGUUCGUCUGGCCGCACAAGCUCAUUUUGAAGACUUGUGGAACUACGACUCUGCUGUCUGGUCUCCCGCGCAUCUUGGAGAUUGCCGCUCUGUUUGCUGGCUUCCCUCGCGCUACGGCUCCGCCGUCUCGGGGUAUCACUGUGGCAGCGGCCCCCUACCGGGUCUUCUACAGCCGCAAGAACUUUUUGUUCCCUGACCGCCAGCGUGGCCCUCACCGCAGCUGGCGCGAUGAGGUUCGAAACAUGGACAAGCUGUUCCUCAACGGCAGUGCCUACAUGAUUGGCAAGAUGAACGGAGAGCAUUGGUACUUGUACCUGACUGAGCCCAACACUUUGCUCACUCCUCCGGCGAGCCCUCAGGAGGAAGCCAACUUCACCGAGACCGAGACCAAGGUUCUCAGCUUCCCCAAGCCCGCUCCAAUUGCCGAUUGUGAUGAGUACGAUGAGACUCUGGAGGUUCUGAUGACCGAUCUGGAAGAGGAGAAUGCCAAGCAGUUCUAUCUUGACAACGCCACCGCCGUGGCCGACAAGCGCUACCGCAACUUUGACAAGGACGAGGGCAUUGAGCAUGUCGAUGUCUUUAGCAACGGCUCUGAUCUGGAAGAUCCUGAGGUCCAGGGCGAUUUUACGUUGCCUACGGAGCUGACUACCGAAGGCCACGCCCUCGGAAGUGUUGUCUCCGAGUCGUGCGGUCUGUCGGACGUCUACCCGAAGAGCAAGUUCCCGGACGCUCGUAUCGAUGCAUACCUCUUCACCCCCUGCGGCUUCUCCGCCAACGGUGUGGUUCCAUCUCCGGAUAGCAAGGCUCCGACCCAUUACUUCACCGUGCACGUCACGCCGGAGCCUCACUGCUCGUAUGCCUCCUUCGAGACCAAUGUUCCGCACUCGCAGAAUGGCAAGACUACUUCCGACAUCAUUCAGCAAGUCGUCGACAUCUUCAAGCCGGGCCGUUUCAGCAUCACUCUGUUCGAGACCAAGCCUAACCUCGACGAGGCUGAUACCAACAGCUUCCACGAGGCACACCAGCGCCAGGCCAUGCGCCACAGCCCUAAGAUGGAGCACGUUGAGGGCUACCGCCGCAUUGACCGUAUCGUCCAUGAUCUGAACGGUUACGAUCUUGUGUUCCGCUACUAUGAGCGCAACGACUGGACAGGGGGGCACCCCGGAUUGGGGAGAAGUUCUGAGCGCACUGCUUCUAUUGAGGUGCUCAGAAACUGA